AUGGCCAGUUGUGCCAACAGGAUCUCUGCCCUAACCGAGGGUGAGGCAUUAAGUCUGACGCUGGCUGCUUCUUCGGGCUGCGACUGCUUAGAGGAAUUUGCUGGUGGUGAUUCCUACUUGAUCCUGCAGAUUGUUCAUCGAUUGGGAUGGAUUUGGUUGUUCAGAACUAUAAAGGAAAAGAAGGAAAGCCUGCCUGCAGUGGAGCUAAUUGGGUUGGGACGAUUGGCGAAAGAGAAGGCACGAAGGCUGUCAAUGGGUCAGCGAAAAAGGGUUCAGCUUGCUAGGUUGCUGGCACUGAAUAGGCCAAUUUGGUUGCUGGAUGAGCCAUCAGUGGCAUUGGAUGAUGAAGGGGUGAAGAGUUGCGGGAGUAUAAUUGCAGAGCAUAGAAAGAAAGUGGGGGUUGUGAUCGUGGCAACUCAUUUGCCAAUCUAG